AAUGCGAUGAUUAUAGCUUGUAGCGCAGCCGUCAUUACCCUUUAUAAGAAGCUUCACCCAAAUUCCAUAUCCAUGGUGUUGCGAUGGAGCUCUUAUUCUAGCCACUUUCUCCGCUAAUAAAAUCCCCCCUUUCCUCGCACUGCCAAUUCAUCUACUCUACUGUAUAAUUUAAUCACUGCUACCUGCAUUUAAUCAAAUCCAGCUGGAUUUAUACAUUGACAGAGAUGAUGGAAAACUGAGAAAUGAGCUUCCUUUUGCAGCUCAACAUUGUGGAUCCAAGGUUUGUUGUUUCUCGAGGGUGCUAAUUUCUCUAUUGCAGAGGAAUUAUUGGGGAGAAAAUGAGGGUUUUGGGGGACUCGUGGUGUUUCUGCAACGGCGGGGGCAAGUCGGAGAGAUUGAAGGGCGCAAUUUUCUCCGGCAAGGCUCCGGCAAUGGCGAGAAUCAACGGCGCCGCCACCGGCUUCUUGAUCCACCGCAAUCUGCUGCUCACUACCCACGCCAAUCUCCCCUCUGUAACUGCCGCUGAAGCCGCCGAGAUCCGCCUCCACAAUGGCCUCUCUGCUACCCUGUUUCCUCACCGGUUCUUUAUUACAAGCUCUGUUCUUGACCUGACGAUGGUAGGCCUUGACGCUUUUGAUGGCGAGUCAAAUGCUCCCGUGCAGCAUCCUCACUACUUAAAGACUUGCUCGAAACCCAAUCUGGAGCUGGGAACAGUAGUUUAUCUUUUAGGUUACACAGAUAAACCAGAGUUGGCUGUUGGUGAAGGAAAGGUAGUGAUAGCUACCGACAAUCUGAUAAAGUUAUCAACUGAUGGAGUGACAUGGAGCCCAGGUUCUGCUGGUUUUGAUUCUCAUGGCAAUCUCUCCUUCAUGGUUUGCGAUCCUAUGAAGCUCGCAACUUCUCCAAAUGCCAAAUCUACUUCAACUUCAUCAUCGUCUACGUCGUCGUGGAAGAAAGACACCCCGAUGCAAUUUGGCAUCCCUAUACCUGUCAUCUGUCAUUGGCUAAAUCAGCAUUGGGAGGGGAACCUUGAUGAGCUCAACAAACCAAAACUACCUCUGAUCCGGUUGAUGUCCUCAGGUCAGAAAAGUGAGCAUUCUUGUGCAUCGUUCACCAUGAGGCGUGUCUUUAAGUUAACUGAAGGUGAGAAUGAGGGGACACCAUCUUCCUCCAAACCAGUAGAGCAACCUGGAGCGAGUUCAGCAGCUGUCCAUACUGACACAGUGGAAGUCCAAGAUGAGACCUCAAGUGGCAAUCGGCAAGGUUCCGGAAUCCCUACUCCCGAGAUUUAUGAGUCCCCAGUGCUGACCUCAGGCCCAGUUAGGAACAAUGAUGCUACUACUGCUACUACUCAAAUCCAGCUUUUGGACAUCAACUUCCCUCCAAGAGUAAGUAAAGCUGCACCAUCACCUAAGCAAUCUAGAAAAAUGAUGCCACCAAGCUCUGAUCAAAACUACGUCAAGGAUUUCCUGAUUCAGAAACCACCCGAAGGACCUUCGAGCCCCAUCCUAGAUGUAGAGUCAACAGGGUCUGUCGAUGGAGCCCAGACUGGCGUCCAGUCAAGCUCUUCACCCGUUGAGUUUCAGGAGUUGCCACACGAAUACAGCAGCGAAGGAGAAACCACCAUGUACUCAGCUGAAACAGCUGAAAGCAGGAAUUACACUAGCCCUAGGGAGGGAAGGUUCUAUCAGGUAGGAAGGAGCCAGAGCUGUGUGAGCCACAACAGAUGGGGGCCGGUCCCAAGAAACUCAGUUGCCCGCGGCUUGAAUCUGGAGAAACACCAGAACUUCACGCAAGGGAGGAAGGUGUACUCACAAGGUGCAACAUCUCAAAGGAGCAAUGACUACUAUAGUCCAACAGUUUCCUCCAUUAUGAAGAAAAGGCAUGACAUGGAGCAACAGCAAAAACGCAGGCCGAGGCAGAGCGCAGUGCAUACAUCUCCAAGAUGGAAUUUUUAACAGUGAGUCUCGAUUAUAUACUUACUUUCUUGAUUACAUCUAAUAGCCUACUUGUUCAAUGCUCAUAUGCCUUGUUUUCUUGGUUAUACCUGUAAGUAGUUAAUUGUUUAGACAGAUACAAACGAUUUAAACACACCAUUAUUAUAUUAGCCUUUUUCCUUUCAAUGGUAUUGGGGUGUGAAGGGAUUAUAUU